AUGUCGUCUGAAACUCCCUUUCAAAUCAACAUCCCCGACAGGAAACUUAGUAUCCUUCGUGCUAAACUUGAGCUCGCUACUUUCCCGGACGAACUUCAGGACAUCGGAUGGAAGCACGGCGCGCCUCUGGCGGAUAUGAAGCGGCUCGCGGAGAGGUGGAGAAAUGGGUACGACUGGCGCAAAUAUGAAAAGGAAUUAAACCAAGAACUGCCGAUGUUUACUCGCGAUAUUGACGUGGAUGGUUUCGGCGCGCUGAAUAUUCACUAUGUUCACAAGAAGAGCAAAACUGUUGACGCCAUUCCGCUGUUGUUUUGCCAUGGAUGGCCUGGAAGUUUCUUGGAAAUUAGGCCAAUGUUGUCCCUCUUGACUGCGUCGUCUCCUGAACAUCCUAGCUUCCAUGUCGUAGCGCUUAGCUUGCCUGGUUUUGGCUUUUCAGAGGGUCCACACAGACCAGGCUUUGCUCUUGAUCAAUAUGCUGAGGUGGUAACUCACAAACUCAUGAUCGCUCUCGGGUACAACGAGUAUGUGACCCAGGGAGGCGACUGGGGUUUCCUCAUCACUCGGAGAAUGGCCGCCAAGUAUGGUGGAAAACAUCACAAGGCGUGGCACACCAACUUUCCAAUGGCCGAUCCACCGACCUGGAAAUCGCCCCUGUCUUUCUUGUCGUACUUGCUGACCCCCUUUUCUGCGGAGGAAAAGGCAGGACUUGAGCGCACCGCGUGGUAUCGCAACAAAUCAUCCGGCUACUUUGUUGAACAGAGCACCUUCCCGCAGACGCUCGCUUACGGGUUUACUGAUAGUCCUGUUGCUCUGCUUGGUUGGUUUUACGAAAAACUGGUCAUCUGGACCGACGACUACAAGUGGACUGAUGACGAAGCUCUGACAUGGAUCUCCAUAUACUGGUUCUCCCGUGCCGGGCCUGGUGCUGCCCAUCGCAUUUACUCCGAGGUGUCUGGCGAUUUCUACGAUCUAGGUCGUACUAGUUACCCCACUAUUCCUAUGGGAGCAUCGUAUUUCCCAAAAGAGCUCCUACUUUUACCCUCAGCGUGGCUGCGCAGAUUGAAUAACGUUGUGAUCGAGUCCCAUCACACGUCAGGAGGCCAUUUCGCUGCCUAUGAACGGCCGGAAGCGCUUGUUGAAGAUGUGCGGAAGAUGUUCGCGAAGGGAGGCCCCGCGUUCGCAAUUGUCCCUGGAAGAAGUGGAUAUGCUUGA